AUGAGCAUAUCUGUAUCUAUCUUCACAGUGACGGAUGAUGUUCAACCUCUGAGGCGCAGCGAAAGCUUGGGAUAUCUGCCACCUCACAUGUGUGAGCUGAGGGUUGUUCUGCUGGGGAACAGCUGGUCUCAGAGGAGUUCAGUGGGGAACUUCAUACUGGAAGAGACUGUGUUCAACACUGAGGAAGAACCAGACUGCUGUCUGAGAGAAAGAGGACAGAUAAAGGACAAAGAAAUAGUUCUGAUCAACACUCCAGAUCUGCUGCAUCUCAACAUCUCUGAAGACAAACUGUCAGAACAUGUAGAAAAGUGUGUGAGACUCUCUGAUCCUGGACCUCAGGUGUUCCUGCUGGUUCUACAGCCUGAAGACUUCACUGAGGAACACAAACUGAGACUCUGCAGAGUCCUGAAACUCUUCAGUGAUCAAUCAUUUGAUCAUUCAUUGAUACUGAUAUCAACACCCAGAGAGGAGAGUUCAGGUUUCAAAGAUGAACCAGACCAGCCCUUAAAAGACAUGAUCAGAAUGUGUAGAUACAGAUACCUGAAGCAGAAGAACCUUGAACGUCCAGAGCUGUUAACACGACUGGGUCAAACUGCAAAGGAGGAAAAUAGAGAGCAUGUGAGGAAAGAAACAGGUGGAGAAAGUCAGAGCAGAGAGCCUCUCAGGAUGGUGCUGGUUGGGAAGACUGGCAGCGGGAAGAGUUCCAGUGGAAACACCAUCUUAGGCAGAGAGGUCUUUGAAUCUAAAGCCAGUCAGAAGUCUGUGACCAAGACAUGCAAGAAAGCAACAGGAAAGGUUGAUGGACGGCCUGUCGUUGUGGUCGACACUCUUGGCUUGUUUGACACCAAUGAAAUGUCCAAAACUGAAGAAAAACAGAAGCGUAAUGAAGCUGAAAUUCAGGAGGAGCUUUUGGAGUGCAUCACCAUGUUGACUCCUGGACCUCAUGCCAUCUUACUGGUGCUGCAGAUCGGUCGUCGCUUCACACCUGAGGAAAAAGACUCUGUGAAUACCAUCCAGAAGAUUUUUGGUGAAAAUUCAGAAGAUUUCAUCAUGGUUCUGUUCACCAGAGGAGACGAUCUGAACAAUCAGUCAAUUGAAAGUUACAUAGAAGACGACUGUGAUGACUCUGUCAAAAACCUGAUUAAAGAGUGUGGAGGGAGAUACCAUGUCUUCAGUAAUAAAGAUCAGACAAACAGAGCACAAGUCAGAGAGCUGCUGACAAAGAUUGAGACCAUGGUGAGAAAAAAUAAAGGCUGCUGCUACAUGGAAAAGGAACUGAUAGAAAAACUGUUUCAGAAAGAGAAGGAGGAACUUCAAAGACAACAAGAGCAAGAAAUUGAAGAGCUGAACAAAAAAAUAAAUGCACAGACUUCUGAACUGAAUCAGGAGAGAGAGAAGAAAGAAGAAAUGGAGAGAGAAAUUGAGAGCUUGAGGAAAAAACAGAAAAAGAGAGAGAGAGAGAGAGAGAAGGAG